AUGAAGAAGAACAACAGGAAGUCUGCCACAAGGAUCAGUGAGCAAGGUGCCAUCUGCAUCCCAUCCUCCCAUGGUCCAGGAGAUCUUCACAAUAUGUUGGAUGGAGGAGAGUAUGCCCCUUUUGUAUCUCCUCCCAUGUUAGAGAGCAAUUUUAUCCAGGUCAACCGGAGAGGUGAAUCCAUUUACCUCCAUAACCGAGCCAACUGGGUGACUGUAGGCAUCUGCUCUUCCAGUCACACCCACGAGACCCCCAACGUGAUGCUCCUGGCACAUCUGACACCCUGUGCCCAAAAAGAUACAGAACCCCUGUUUAAAAGUCUCCUGAUAUCUCCUUCUCCAGAGAAACUGGUGCUCACCAGGUUUCUCCCUCUGCAGUUUGUGACUCUUUCCGUGCACAAUGCUGAGAACAUGCGCCUCAAAGUAAAGCUUGUGAGUGGCCGAGCCUACUACCUACAGCUCUGUGCCCCCGCAUCCAAACAGGACAUCUUAUUUUCGCAGUGGGUGGAACUCAUCUCCCUCUUGAAUCAGGAGAAAGCCAAAGCUUCCAAGGUGUCAGAAGUCUCAAGCCUCUCAGAAAUCACAAAUAGCACAGACAUCACAGGCUCAGGGGACAUCAUGGAUAUUGCAGCGUUCACUGCUGUACAGGACCCUCAUGUGGACACGUGUUUGGACACCACACAUGCCAUAGAAAGCACUGAUUUCUCAGAAUUAACAGACAUCACUGAUAUCACCGACGUCACAGAUGUUCCAGAAAAUGAGGCCACUGAGGCGCCAGAUAUAAGUAUUUUUACAGAAGUCACAGAAGUCACAGACUUCUGUGACGUCACAACCAGUUCGGGGGUCAAAGUAGUGUUUGAAAAUGAUGAUAUACUAAGAGCCAAGCAAGAGGAAAAGGAAAAAAAAAAUAUUCUGAAGCCUGGGUGUCUGCGAGAUACAAAAAGUAAGAGUGACUUAAAAGAAUGUUCAAAACACGUCACCAUCUCAAACAUCACACUGACUUUUGAAGGUGAAAAAUGUUUUCAUACGACCUUGACUCCAGAAGAAAAUGAGACAAAAACAUUCACAGAGAUGAGUGCUAGAACCUCUGAAAUAAGGACAAAUGAUUUUAAGAGCACCGGUCUCAAGGCUGAAGAAUCCAGGUAUGUGAGGUAG